AUGAUCUUCAAGUUAGGAACUAUUGUGCUCGUGGUUGCGGUGGCGUCCUUCGAGGCUGCUUCGGCAGGACAUGCCCACAGCUUCGCCCAUUUCCAUGGACCGGUGGAGGGUCCUGGCCACGAGGUAAAAAUCCACGACCACCAUGGUCACCACGUGGACUACGUGGCCCAUCCGAAGUAUGAGUUCUCGUACGGCGUGGAGGAUCACCACACCGGGGAUUAUCAUGGUCAAAAGGAGCACCGAGACGGUAAAAACGUGGCCGGCGAGUACACCUUGAAGGAGCCUGGAGGAAACGUGAGGACCGUGAAGUACCACGCGGAUCCCCACGGCGGAUUUUUCGCGUUCGUCCAUAACUCCGGCGGGAACGACCAUUCCGGAGGAACUUACGGUGGCCAGGGUCACCAUGGACAAGGCCAUGGUCACGAACAUGGAUACGGACCCUACUAA